CACAGUUUUCUGGAUAUAUCUGACAUGGGACAAUGGGUUUUGUUCCUACAGAUUUCUUUUUUUUAUCAUCGAGUUUCAUGGCAGCACCUUUAGAUGGAUACCACUGAUACAGAUAUCUACAAUAUGGAUAGGGAAAUGGGAAAUGCAAAUGACAUUUGCGCACAUUCAAAUUUCAAAAUAAGGGUAAAUUUUUAGGGUGCCCGGUGCCCCGCCCUUUAUUGUAGCAAGUUUAUGAAGGAUGUUUUAAUUUUUAAUGAUUCCUGCAAUAAAAUCAUGGGGGAUACCCUAGAUAUAUGUGAAAGAAUUGGAAAUAAUCUCUCAGAACUAGGAAAAUGGCGGAUAUGGCAGAACAUAAUCCUGGGCCAGUUUUUAUCUUUAAUACUAUGUGCCCUAAAUACUCUUUCUCAUUACAUAAACUCCACAUCAACUGCUACCAGUGUCUUACCAACAGGGCAAUCUUUUCCUCAUUACAUGUUUCUGUGUGCCAUUUAUACCAGUUGGCUGGCCUUUCGAAGAGGUGACAAGGGAUUGAUAUCCAUAAUAAAAGCGAGAGGUUGGAGAUAUCUAUUGCUUUGUUUGAUAGAUGUACAAGCUAAUACUUUGUUGAGUACAGCACACCAGUAUACAACACUAGCCAGUGUUCAGCUUCUUGGCUGUGUGGCUAUUCCAGUAGCACUAGCAUUAACCUGUCUAUUACUGGGUGUUCGAUAUCGUAUGGUACACAUUAUUGCUGUAUCUGUUUCUCUCAUGGGAGUUGGAUGUUUAGUAUGGGCGAAUAUAGAGGAUUCAAAGACAGAAGGAAAGAAUCAGCUAGUUGGAGAUAUGUUGUGCCUAGCGGGGGCCGUUUUAUUUGCAAUAGUCACUGUUCUGCAAGAACUCUCUGUGAAACACACUGAUAUUGUUGAAUACUUGGGUCUCCUAGGAUUAUUCGGUAGCAUCGUGAGUGGGGUUCAGAUGUUGAUCCUGGAAAAACAAACCCUCAUAACAUCUACGUGGAGGAACUCAAGCGCCCUGUUGAGUUCGUUUUCGGCGUGUCAAUUCAUGUUUUGUACAUUCUCUUCUGUGUUCCUGAUGAAUAUGGGCACGACAGCCUUACACUUGUCCCUGCUUUCAGGGAAUUUUUAUACUCUCAUCGUAGGAAUAGUUUUCUUCAACUACAAGUUCCAUGCUUUAUAUUUCUUGUCAUAUACAUUGGCAAUGACGGGAGUGUAUAUUUAUGCCAUUAAACAAACACCUGUAGCUGGUCGAAAUAUACCUUCAUCAGGUGAAAUGAAUAAUUCGAGUAGGUCAGAAUGUCAGCUACCAGAGCACAUGAUAACUGACAGCCCUGAGCAUACCCACAAUGAAAUACUCUCCGCAUUCGGGACAUUAAACAGUAAUGACACUUUCCCCCUGAGUCAUAGUACAAAUACAACCUUCACUUCUUUCUACGGUAGUCAUGAUGUAAUCAACCAGACAACUAGUACAUAAAUUCAUCAAAAUUUCUGUUUUUGGUGCUUGUUCCGAGAAUUUGAAGAAAACUAUCUUUGAUUGGCAAAUAUUUCGGCAAUUUGACAAGGUUAUCAUCAGGGACGGUAUUCUCGACAAGUAAACUUUUUGACGUAUACCCCUAAAAGUGGUACAAAGUGGUAUUCUUGACGACCACUCGUUUCUUGAAACAAAUACGAUGUAAAACGUGCGAUCCCGACAUCCGGCAUCACUGUAACGUCUCACAAAUUACAUUAUGUGAACAGGGCUCUGCAAGAAUAUAUUUAUAUUAAUGAUAUUGAUUAUUAUCCUUCUAAAUAAAUAAAACAUAUUUUCAUCAAUUGAUAUAGAAGAAUACGUGAGCAUGUUUUCAAAAAAUUAUGGUUGAAAAAUAAAGUUUGUGUGGUCGAGUGACAAUUCAAAUUGAACAAACCAUUUUAUUAAUACUGUAUUAUUUCAGAGCCACCAUAAAGGCAAUAUAAAAUUAUCGAAAAAAAGUAACGUAAAGUUGGUUAACGAACGUAACGUAAAGUUGGUUAGCAAACGAAAAUUGUUUUCUCUAAAUACUCAGAACUAGCCAAAAACAAACAGAACGGUCUUUGACACUCAAAUAUUUAUUGAUACUGUUUUUUACUCAUUGAAAUCUCAAAACUACGACAGGGUGUCCCACUCAAUUGUGUCAUCCCCCUUUAUCCUCAUAUAUCCCAACAUAUUUUGCCAUUAAAAAACUUUUCUGGGAUGAUGUUUCCUCAUAUCAACAAAAUACAGGGUGGCUAAGAGGAAACAUUCUUUUUUCGAAUGAAAUCUUAAUUUCAAUCUAUAAUAAUAUAUGAAUUAUAUAUUUUUUCAAUUCAGUUUGAGAGGCCACAUCGAAUUAUGGAAAAAAUAUAGAUAAUUUCAC